GAAAAUACGUUUAAUAAUAGCAUCUUAAAUAAUUAUUUAUAAUAUUUCGAUUAAUAAUAUUAUUGAAUUGAGACUGAGAAGAAUCUUAAUACGUGAUCAGAGAACAGUUAGUUUAUGCAUCAGGUUUCAACCGGUAAUAGAAUUAGAUUUCCUUUCACCUAGGGGAGAAUUGAUUUCUCGACGGUGCUUCAGUACCGUGUGUAAGUUCUUCGAUGAAAAGUUCGUCGCGCAAAUAGUGAAGAAAAAUGCAAGAUAGUUGGAAAGAAGAACAAAAAAGUAGGAAAAUCACAACCAGAAGCAUGGAUCUGCUCAGCGUAUCUUUUCGAUCGAUGGAUCUGGAGGCGAAGCCCCAACAAGAAGAUUUUCUCGAGUUGGAGGAACGGAGUAUCGUCGAGAAGGAAGAGUCGUCAGAGAAAUCGAGGCUAAUAUUGGAGGGCGAUGACGAAGAAUCGCUCGAUGAUGAAGAGAAUUUGAUAAAGAAUUUGAGGACGAUCAAUUUGAACGAAGUUGCCUGGCACGAUACCGUCGACAGUUGUUGGAUCGUGAUUCAAGAUUUUGUAUACGAUUGCACGGAUUUCUUGAAAAGCCAUCCCGGUGGAUCUGACGUGAUACUCGAAUACGCUGGCAGAGAUGCGACCUUGGCCUUCAUUGGCACUGGACACUCGUCUGCAGCGAUUCACAGCUUAAAGAGGUACCUUAUCGGUGAACUUCCGGUUGAGGAGAGGAUCUUUCGUGUACCGAAUGGCCUAAAAAUUUCUACAUCUUAAUAUCCAUGUUUGGGUAUACGAAACGAAAGAAACUUUUUUUAUAUAAUAUAUAUUAUAUAUUUUAUAUAAUAUUUUAUAAUUGAUUUAUAUUAAAUGUGUAUCGCGAUCUCGAUAUUCGAAGAUGAUUUUAAAUUGAAUUCGAUCUGAAUUUCGUUAAUCCAAUAGAAUUGGUCAUUGAGUUUAAUU